AUCAAUAGGUUUUUCAACAAAAACAAUAAUCUAUUCUGUCCCAAUAAAAAUGAACAAGAAUCAUGAUGAAACAAAACAUCAGAUUUAUCGAUACCAUCAGAUAAAAAUAUGCAUCACCCUAUUCAUUAGCUAUGCAUUUUAUUAUUUAAUGCGAAAAUCAUUUUCAUUAAUAUUACCCGAAUUAUUAUUUACAUCGAUUAUUGAUCAAAAUGAUGCCGGUAUAAUUUUAUCGGCACAAAGUAUUUCCUAUACAAUUUCAAAAUUUAUUGGUGGUAUACUUUCGGAUCAUAUUUCGGCAAAAAUUCUUUUCAUCAAUGGUUUAUUUCUAUCAAGUUUGACGACCGUUUUGUUAGCAUUUGGGCCACAAACAUUAACAUCAUUCACGAUACUUUGGUUUCUAAAUGGUCUUGCUCAAGGAUUUGGAUGGCCAUCAUUAGUGAAAAUUCUUCAACAAUGGACAUCUAACAAACAAUUCGGUACAUAUUAUAGUGUAUUAAGUGCUUCGGCAAACAUUUCUGGUGGUCUAUCUCCAUUGCUGGCUACAUUAAUGACAAAGAAUUUUGGUUGGCAAAAUACCUUAAUAUCAUUUGGAAUUGUUUCCAUAUUUAUAGCCAUAAUAUCAAUGUUUAUGAUAUCGAAUCGUCCCGAAGAUAUCACCGGCAUGGUUGCCAUUGAAAGUGAAACAAAAAAUGAAAAGAUGAAAAAAUCAUCACCAAUAAAAUGGAAAGAAUUACUGAAAAGCCCAUUUAUCUGGUUAUUAUCGAUUUCGUAUCUUGUUGUAUUUGCAGCUAAAACAACUGCCUGUGAUUGGGGACAACUUUAUCUAAUGAAUGAACGACAAAAAUCACAACUGAUUGCAUCAAGUUUUACAUCAACAGUUGAAUCGGGUGGUUUUUUCGGUGCCAUUUUAGCCGGUUAUCUUAGCGAUAAAAUGAUUGCCGCAAAAAAUAAGUCAUCGAAUUCCUGUGAUCGUUUACCUGUUGCAACUGCAAUGAUGACAUUGUCAACAUUUGCUCUACAUUCAUUUUGUUUUUAUGUUGAUUCCUUCACAUCACAUUUAUUCAUUGCAAUAUUAGGUUUCAUUCUUGGAAUUGCAUUAUAUGGCCCAAUCAUCAUAUUCGGUAUGGUGGCAACAGAAUCUGUUCCAAAAAGUCUUAGCGGUACAUCACAUGCUAUCGUUGCAUUAGCUGCUAAUGUCGGUGCCAUCAUUGCUGGUUUACCAUUCACAAUGCUAGCACAGAUUUAUAGUUGGAAAACUGUAUUUUUCCUUUUGGAAAUAUCAACAGCUUUAAUCGUACUAUUAAUGGCCAUUAUUGGACAUCGUUUACGACCCGAUUUCGAAAUGAUUGUAUCAAAGAAAAUCAAUUAAUGAACAUAAUUAAUGACUUUAUCAUCAUCUGUGAUCCUUGUUAAU